GGAGGAUCUCAAGUCAACUUCUUCCCUAGGGUCAUUGUUUUGUUUUGAGACCAAUUGGUCUGUCAAUGGCUGGGUUUCUUUAAUGCCCUUUUCCUGAGAUUUGUACAACACCUUGGUUAGGUUUCCCCAUCCCAUCUCCGACGACAUCCACACCCCAUACACGAUCUGGGCGUUGAUCCUCGGUCUUUUUGGCGGCACACUCAACACGACGGUCGUUCAUCACAUCAAACAUCCUCCCCUCUGGGUCAGCACAAGGUCUCGCUUCCACAAGGCGAAGACGACGCAAUUGAUUCUUGGUGGAACUGCAGCAGUCGACUACUCGAAGGGUCUGUUUGUUCUCGGUCCAGGUCUCGCCCUCGGCAAGCCAAGUCUACUCUAUACCUGCCCGGUUUUGCACAACUUUGGUCGUGCGUACGGUCGCUGUGACUUGCAAGUCUUGCACUGAAGAGUGAAUUGGCUCCAGGCUGUUCAAUUUUCCACCAAAAAGAUUGUGAAUACCAACCGUUGCAUUCACUGUUCAGUGGUGUGAUUUUAGUCGACCAAACUGUACUACACUUCACCCACAACACUACCAUUCACCAUCUUCACCCACCACCUAUAUAUAAAGUUCAUUGCAAGUCACGAACUUUUUCACCAAUACUCUCUCCCUCCCCCCCAACACCAUCAACACCUCAAUCUCGACCGCGUCUGCUUAUAACGCCGCCGAGUUUACCGCCAGACCUUGACACCUCCCGCGCGCGGAUACGACCACCAGCUUGCACGCGUGCAGACCCCUACCGUUCACGAUGCUGAACUUCUUCCUUCCCAAUUUUGGGUCGCUCUGGACCCCGACCUCGUGGUUAUAUCUCUUUAUCGCUCUUUGGCUCCACCGCUAUGUGCGCCUCCUCGUCCACUGUGUGAGCCACUGGUCGUACAAGUCCAAGCCUGUCCCCGCGAAGCCCAGCUUCACUUCAGAGGAUGUGACCGUCAUUAUUCCGACGAUCCACAAUGUCUUCGAGGAGCUUCGUCCCUCUCUUGAGAGCAUUCUUGCCUGCAAGCCAUAUGGCCUUCUUCUUGUGACCACCAUUGACAAGCACAAGUCCCUCGCCAAGCUCGCAGAGACUCUGCAGCAUCCCAACGUCCAAGUUCUGUCCACCCCCAUCGCCAACAAGCGCCUCCAGGUCUGUGAGGCUCUGCCGAACGUCGCAACCAAAAUCACCAUUAUGGCCGAUGACGACGUGACCUGGCCUGAAACCAUCAUGCCAUGGCUGUUGGCGCCUUUCGAGGAUCCGAAAAUGGGAGGAGUUGGCACUUGUCAGAGGGUCAGGCGUGUUUGGGAGGGACCGUGGUCGACUCGCAUCUUCAAUUGGCUGGGUGCAGCAUACAUUGAGCGACGCAAUUUCGAGAUUUCGGCCACCCACAACAUUGAUGGCGGUACAUCGUGCAUGUCUGGUCGCACCGGCGCCUACCGUUCCGAGAUUCUAUCGAGCCACGACUUCCUCGAGGGCUUCAAGACGGAGAAAUGGGGGCCGUACAUCCUGAACGCCGAUGACGACAACUUCGUCACCCGCUGGCUUGUCAGUCACCAGUGGAAGACCUGGAUCCAGUAUGAGCGCGAGUGCGAGCUCGAGACGACGCUCGAAAACGGCAUGAACUUCCUCUACCAGUGUUCCCGCUGGGCUCGCAGCAACUGGCGAAGUAAUUGGACGAGCCUGGUUACGGAGCGAUACGUGCUGACUCAGCAAAUGUGGUGCACCUACGCCCUGCACAUUGCCACCUUUACUUCUCUGGCCUUUGUGAUGGAUCCCUUUAUCAUCCUGGCUCUCUGGAAGGGCACCGCCGAUUGGGAUCCCGAGAACCGACGCAUUGCUUUCUGGGCUCAGAUUGCCUUCGUCUUUGGCUUCACCAAGGUAGUCAAGCUUAUGGGCCUUUUCAAGCGAAACCCUAGCGAUCUCAUAUUCCUCCCGGCGUCGAUCCUCUUUGGCUGGUUCCACGGCCUCAUCAAGCUGUAUGCGCUGUUCACACUGAAGAUGACUUCAUGGGGCAGCCGUGCCGACGGUGACGCCAACGAUGACAUUCGUCUCUUCCCCCGUCCCAAGCGCGCCACCAGUAUGACGACACCUCCCAAUGGACAGGAUCUCAUCCGGUACCGCCAGACAACGGAGAAGAGCGGGCACAUCGAAGCUCGCCAGUAGGACUUGUGUGUUGGCAGCAAGGAUAUGGAGCCACACGUGAACUUCUCCAGGAUGGAGACAACCUCGGAUUGAAAGAGGAUACCCUAACGAAUUAAUGACGAACCACGAAUUACACGGCAGAUUGAAUUUUGAAUUUUCCUACUUCUUCUUUUGAGACGAGAGCAGAGGUGGAACAGAACUCUCGCUCGUGUAGGCUCACGAACAAAACGGCGGCAUCCCUUUCACGACCUCAUUUCAGGACGGGCCGACAGGUUUUUUUUUCUUUGCGCCUUUGGCUUUACCCAUUGUUGCGGCCCGUCGAUUUCGGCAUUGCAAAAGUUCUCUUUGCUUUCUGACUGCAUGGCUUGCAUGAGAGGAGAAAUCAUUACUAGCAUGGCGGCUUGCGGAAUGGUCUCGGAGGGAUCCAUUUCUGGGACGGCAAACAUUUUGAGCGAAGGGGGGAGGCUUUCUGGUCACUUUCGACAACAUUGGCGCGCUGCUUCGCCCGACUCGGGUU